AACCUGCUUCACUCGCGGUCACAUUGUGGUGGUCAGCUAACGGAGGCAUAUUAUCUUACGAUGUUAUCAGCUAGCUAGCUUGCUGGCUAGUUAGCUAACUCAGUUUCUAACCGCAGCCAUAACCAGAUUUAGCUAGCUAGCUGGCGGUCUGGCUGGGCCCAUGUUGCUGGCGGAGGAGGGGAUGAAUUUAUUGUCUUCCAUCAUGUCGAAGUCGUUCCGUUAUUUUUAGCUAGCACUGCAGGCUAGCGCAGCUAAUAGCGGCAAGCAAAGCGUGACUAAUCGGUCUGUUGUUUGAAAAACAAUACAAAUGGAGCAGUGGCAGGACGCGGCCUCUCAGCAGGUCAGACUGCUUACAAAUCGUCUGAAUGAACUGUUGUCCAAAGGUCUUGGGCUACUGCGCACCGAACUCGGCGUGGAUUUGGGACUGAAGCCUGAGCUUAUUCCGCCAUGGGUGAUCCUCUUAGCGGCAUGUACCGGGCUGGUGCUGAUGGUCGCUCUGUGGGCCUCAGCCUGCCGGGCUCUCUUCAAGAAACGACCCGCUGUCAGCCCUGUGGACGACGGCAUUGAAGUAAAGCGGGGUGUCAGUAAACCUGUCAAAUCCGAGGAACCGAAGAAAAAGAAGAAGAAAGCAGAAAAGAAAGCCCAGCCAAAUGGGAGAGCUGUUGCUGAACCACAGGAAGAAGCCAUAGUGUCGGAAGAGAUAGUGCCACAUCACCAGCCGCCCCCACCAGAAAUCAAGGCUGAGAAGGCUGCAGAGUUGAAGAAGUCCAAGAAGAAGGCCAAACAGUCUGUAAAGGAGACCAAGACAGUGACUGCAGAUGGCAAAGAACCAGAAGAAGGCACAUGGGAGACCAAGGUCAGCAACAAGGAGAAGCGUGAACAACGCAAGAAGGACAAGAGUUCCAGUGAUGGCUCAGCCAGUCCUGGAGGAGGGGACACACCUGUGAGCGCUCCCCCAGAGCAGCCCAAGGCCCCUGCAGCCCCCACAUCUACCGGCCAGAAGAAGAAAAAAGGAGAAUCCACAAAAGUUAAGGCAGAGAAGGUUGAGACUGUUGUAUCUCAAGUUAACAGCAGUGAGGCGGUAGCGGUGGCGGCUGCUGCUGUGACUGACAUAGCUGUAAAGGUUCCUGCUCCCACUGCUGCUCCGAAGACAGGCCCCUGGACAACCAGUAGAGAACCAGCAUCACUGUGGAGAGGGGAAAUUGAUGAGUCGUGGACUGUGAUUGAAAGGGGGAUGCCACCAACAGAGAGAAAUCUGGUGUCUUUAGGCGGACUGGGUGUUGGUACUGCUGAUCCCCAGCCUGUGAGCAAUCUGACCUGGCUCAAUAAGCCCAGAGUGGACGACGAGUGGUCUGGACUCAAUGGUAGUUCUGCUGACCCCGCCUCUGACUGGGACGCCCCUGCUGUAGCCUGGGGCAACUAUGAAGAGCCCACACCUGAGCCCCCUCCUGCCCUGGAGCAGCCCCUCCCUGAGCCCGCCAAGGUUAAUCUGCUGAUUGGAGCAGCUGAUGAUGAUGAAGAUGAGAAGGAUAAGGGAGAGAGUGCUGCUGAUGGAGCAGCUAAAACUAAGAAGAAGAAAAAGAAGAAGAAGAAGGCUGCUGAUGAGGGAGGAGCGGCUGGCCAGGGUGAGGAGCCAGAGAAGGAGGUGGCACCUGCAGCCGUAAAGAAGCAGCCACCUGUUCAGGAGAACACUGCUGCCGUCCAGCCUGUCAAAGCAGCUGCUGUCGAGGCGAGAGUGGAGCAACCAGUGAAGGACAACAUAUCCCAGAAACCCCCUGUCACACAAGUGCCACAGAAGCCAACUGAUGGAGAGCCCACUGCCAAGCAGAACAACCCGUCUGCUCCAACACAACAAAAAAAACCUGAGGAGAGCCAAGCGCCCAAGCCUGCGAAGAAGAAGAAGGCGAGGAGAGAGACAUGAGACCGAGUCCCCUCUGCAGACCUCUGUAUGCAAAAGACUUCAUAUCCUGUUUAUGCAACACCUUUUGUGACAAGAACUUUGAACUAAGGUCUCCACGAUGGACUUAAACCUUCAAACCAGUCUGGAAAAUGAAACAACUUUUAUACACGUCGAGCGUCAGUCAAUGGAUUGUUGAAAACUGAACCUAGAUGCAGUGCAAUCUAAUGUAAUGCGGUGUUAAUGAUUUUUAAGUAUGCAUUUGAUACUCUUGACUCUCUUCUAAUUCCACUGAAUCAAAUAACUGAUUGAAAGAGCUGUAUUGUAGUAAUUAGACAUAGAAAAUACUGAUCAUGUUUAGAAACUUGAUGUUGUGGUGGCUAACGACUGGAGUUUACUGUGUAGAGAAUGAAAACGGUCAACAUGCUUCAGGUCUCUCAACACUGGGCCAUAUUGUUACACUGGCCUUUGCUUCUGCAGUCUUUUAUUUUGCUCUUACAUUUGUAAGUCACGAUGGUACAGUUAGCGCUGCUGGUCAAAAAAGAGCGGAGAGAUCAAAAGUUCAAUUCACGACAAUGGCUCAAUAGGGUGUAAACAUUUGUGACAUAAACAAGACAUGAGCAUCUUGAGGUGCAGAAAAGGGAAUCAUGUCUGCUCUUUAUUUUUGCAUUCUUAUCUGUGACUACAACAUUUCAGUUGACUCAAUCCAUCCGGUUUGUCCCUUGUCUGAUGUUGUACUGCGGUGUUUCGAGACAACUGUUUCCUUGCUGUUUUUACUAUCUGUGACUGCUUUGUGGCCAGAGCCGUCUGGGAGCCUCUGAUCAUAGAUGUACCAUUGCAGUGUCAGGAGCUUCUUCAUGAUUUUCCACCUGUGGUUGAUUCGAAAGUCUUCAGAACCUUUUGUAAAACCUGUUUCUAAUAAAAGAAAAGCUAAAGCCAUAUGUAAAAAGACUAAAUAAAGGCCAGUUUUUCUAUAU